CACGCCUGCCCCUAAUCUGCACCCCGUGGCAUGCCCGCUGCAUUGAGACUGCUCUGACAUCUUGAACCUCUGCCGCCGCUGGAUCCUCCGCUGCGGCCGCAGUCCUCUGUCUGAUCUGUGCGGGUCGACAGAGAGAGAGAGAGAGAGAGAGAGAGAGAGUGCUGCGCUGCCUCCCCUUGGUAGCCCAUCAUUUCCACGACAACGACUCGCACGCGCACGCCGCCGAGCGCAGCCAUGGCUUCUGUCGCGGAAGCCCGCCGAAGUCCCUUCGCCGCCGACCCGCACCACCACCAAGCACUGCACAAGUCCAUACCCAUAUUGCCCUCCUCCACCGGCUCGUCGCAUCUCACGCCGCCGCGGGACCCCAUGGACAUCACCCCCUCCACCCUCCCCACCAUGGGCCCGCCCAUGCUCAACGGCCCCGUGGCCGAUCGCAGCAGCGCGCAUCAAGAGCAGCACACAAACGGAGACGCAGAGGCCAAGAUGCCCAACGGCAAUGGCAAUCCUGCGCCCGUGGGAGCCGCCGCCGCUGCUCAGCAACCCAAGGUCGUGCAGACUGCCUUCAUCCACAAGCUAUACAACAUGCUCGAAGACCAGAGCAUCCAGCACCUUAUUUCGUGGUCUAGCACCAACGAGAGCUUUGUCAUGUCUCCGUCAAGCGACUUCUCCAAAGUUUUGUCAUCGUACUUCAAGCACACUAAUAUUUCCUCAUUCGUCCGCCAAUUGAACAUGUAUGGCUUUCAUAAAGUGAGCGAUGUGUUCCACACUGGCUCGCCCGACUCUCCUCUGUGGGAGUUCAAGCACGGCAACGGCAACUUCAAACGCGGCGAUCUGGUGGGCCUGCGGGAGAUCAAGCGCCGCGCCUCGAGGCACGCGCUCAUCCACCGCGAUUCGUUUUCCACGCCUAAAGUCCCUUCUGGUCCGCCGGCUGGUCCUCCGACCGAGUCCAUGCCUGAUCCCGUCGAAUCACGACUCGCAGCGCUGGAACACGGCCUGUACGAUAUGCAUGCUCGUAUGCAGCGCUCAGAGGAUAGCUGCGCCUACCUCAGCCAGAAGAACACCAUCCUCAUGGACAACAUGCUCAAAUGCCAGCAGUGGAACCAUGAUCUGACGAAUUAUAUCAUGGCCUUAAUACCAGACCCGGAGAAUCAAGUGUACAAGGACGCCUAUUCGAUGCAGCGCGAGAUUUCCCGCCAGUCCGAAAUGUUGCGCGUGCUCGAGGGCCCAGAGGAGCCCCUCUCUGCUCGACAACCGUUCUUCAUGCAGCUAGACAACAGCCAAGCUCCUCUGUCCCCACGACAGAUGCCGCAGGACAACGGGCCCGAAUCGCGACGAGGCUCUCUGGCAGGUCUGCCUUCGCGCCAAGCACAGCCAUUUAAACCUCCGGUCCCGGCACAUCUCGCGAUUUCUCCGCGCCGUUACGGCUCAAUUGGCACGGGUAAUUACUCUCCAUCAUCAGCCAGGACCCCAGUGACUCACCAGCCACCCCCACCGCCUCCACCGUCAAUCCAGCAUCCCGGCAGUACACUGGGAAGUAAUCUGGGGGCUAGCUCAUCCCCGCCUUACAACCUCUAUAGGCGGCACACCUCGGCAGAUAUACGUACGCACGGCUGGCCUCCGCAACCCCCCUCGCAGUCACCAUACGCGUCUGGGCAGAAUUCAACUCAAUGGCCCUCCUCGCCUCAUCGAACGCCUAUCGGAGGUGAGGACCAACAGCUCCGUAACGCUUUAGAAUCCUACCAGCUACCCCGCGGACCACGCCAGCAGAACUCUCGUCAGAACACUCCUCCUCUGACGAGUGACACCACGCCCUCGACAUUAAGUGCAGACAGCAGCUGGUCUCUCCCCGGCGCCCGGUACCCCUUCAAAGGCCUAGACACCCCCGGCCCACCUACGCGUCGUUCAAGCAUGGCGUCGAAUGUACAUUCCCUCCUUAACCCUGCAGAUACCCAAGAGCGAGCGGACGAAGACGACCCCGACGAAGCACGCAAGCGAAAGCGAAUGCAAUGAUCCUACGACAUAUCUACCAUGUAACAGUACCGCACAUACGGCUUCGGCCUGCGAUAUCCCGCUACGUUUCCGCUAUUUGCAUGUUGGCGGUCAUGCGGACAUUUCAUUUGAUCUUUUCUGCCGAUACUGACGUCGCGUUUCCAUAUAUGCUUUUCGUUGUCAUUUUCAAAGCUGCGUCACAUGCCGCCUC